ACCAAAGAAAUAUCAGUAAGAUUGCUCACCAUUCUCUCCUUUCUCCAAAUUGUCUGCUUUUUACUUUGAUUAUUGGAUUUCAAUUUCGGUGCUAAAUCACAAGGAGCAAUGGAGGAUUCAAAGAAUUAUGGGCAUCAACAUCCACUCGUGUUGUUGAAUGAAGAGCAGCUGACGAGCAAUCAAAGUGGAACAAUACUAGCUGAGUGCUACAGGUGUGGGGAGAAGGUGUCAGCUCCAUGUUUUGUCUGUGCCGAGGACUGUGGGUUUUACAUUCACAAGGUAUGUGCCGAUGCACCUUUAGAGCUUAAUCACCCUUUCCAUCGCAAGCAUCCUCUUCUUUUGCAAAGAAGCUCAAUACCCUGGAUUUGUGAUUUUUGCAAUAAACGGAGUGGGGAUUUCGUGUAUCGCUAUCGCUUCUCCUCUUGCGAUCUGGACUUUCAUAUUAGAUGUGCUUUGUUUACAUUUAAUAUCGCUCAAAAUAAUUUGAAAGAACUUGAGCAUGUUGCCCUUCAACCCCCAAUGAUUUCCCCUAACAAAGAUGAUGAACAACUUGAAGAUGUUAGAAAGUGCUUUGGGUGCUGGGAACCGUUAACAAAUUAUGCCUUCUUCUCUCCUCAUUGUGGGUUUAAUUUGCACAAAAAAUGCGCUGAGCUUCCUCUCAAACUGAAUCAUAAGUGCCAUCGCAAACACCAGCUUCUUUUGCAAUUUAAUAGCGAUUGGCUCGCUUGUAAGAUAUGCCAAGAAACCCAACGAAGAGGAUUUGUUUAUGGUUGUUCAGCUUGUAAGUUUGCUAUCCACAUUGAAUGUGUGUCACCGUCACCCAUAAUUGAAGAUAAAAGCCAUCCACACCCAUUCUCUUUGCUCUUGAGACAAGCUCCAUUCACCUGCGAUGCAUGCGGUACUGAAGGAAGUCAUGCUGCCUAUACAUGUGGUACGUGCAACAUUAUGGUCCAUAAAAAAUGCAUUUCAUUGCCACGAAUUAUCAAAAGUAGGUGGCAUGAUCAUCGUGUUUUUCACACAUAUUUUCUUCACAAAGAAGAUUUUGAAAGUUUGAAUUGUUUAAUAUGUCACGAUGAGGUCAAUAUAGAGUAUGGCAGCUAUUAUUGUGCAGAUUGUAAUGUCAUAUUCCAUGUGAAGUGUGCAACGAAAUUCAGUCAUUGGUAUUAUGCUGUUUCACUGGAAAUUGAAGAUGAGAAGGCUCCUGACUCCAUCACUAAUGUUCUUGAGAGGAACGAUGCCGGAGAAGCCACAUUAAUCGAACAUUUCAAGCACAACCACUACUUAACAUUAAGUGAAAAAAAUAGGGAGUUCGAUGAUAAAUGUUGCGAUGGGUGCAUAUUACCGGUCUCAGAUUCGUUCUAUUAUUGUAGUCGGUGUGAGUUCUUUCUUCAUAAAAGUUGUGCCGAAUUACCAAAAAUGAAGAAUAUUUGCCUUCAUUAUUGCCAAUUAGCCGCCCUUGUCCUCACUUCAGACGACAUUUUCGAAUGUGAAGCAUGUUAUUGGGUUUCUAAUGGCUUUGCCUAUAAAUGUAAUGAAUGUGGACGUCGCAUGUGCCUUCGAUGUGCCACUCUUACUCCUGAUUCUCUGACAUGUCCAGGACACCAACAUCCCCUUCUUUUCUAUAUAGAAGAGGAAGUGAAGUGCAAUGCUUGCGGUCUAUUUAGAUGGAGGUAUUUAUAUCGUUGUAAGGAUUGCGAGUAUUCUGUAGAUCUUCGGUGUAUUCGACUGCCAGAGAGAGUAAGACACAAAUGCGACGAUCAUCUCCUUGCACUCACUUAUCACGAGCUUAAUGAUUAUUCGAAGCACCAUCGCUGCGACAUUUGUGAG